UUGUUUCAAUUUCUUUCAUUUGUCCUUGUCGCCUCCACUGUUCUAAUCCUUCAUUUGGACUGAAUGCUCAAAUAUUUACCCCGCUAUGAAAACACCAUUCCUUAAGAAAAAUGUGUCUAGUCGCUUCGCAACCCUUGCCCUCGAAACACACUUCCAAUUUAUAAACGCUUAUUUAUACAAUAAAAAAUUGCCCAACAAUUAUGAAAUUAAAACAAUGAAUCGAUCAAUGGUCUCAUUCAACCCAUCAUGGUCAAAGACAAAACCUCCGAUUCGAUGGAUUUCGACCAAGCGAUCCACCUGACAGGUUACGGCAAGUUCCACUUAGAGGCUUUCACGGCUUGUGCAAUUUGCAUAAGCAGUGUUGGCUUUCAGAACGGUCUCUCGGCUUACAUUUUUCCAGCAGCACAGUGCGAACUAGACCUCACUUCCUUCCAACUGAGCCUUUUGAACGUUUGUUUUCUGGUGGGAGGGGCCCUCAGUAGCUUUCUUUGGGGCGUUUUGGCCGACGCGAAAGGCCGCAGGAAAAUCCUGAUUGUCACACACCUCCUCAAUGCCGCAAUCACCAUCAUUUGUGCGACAAAUCCCUUAGUAUUCAGUAUAAUUGUUUGCAGAUUUUUGAACGGGUUUCUAAUCGGUGCCCCUGGAAGCAUAAUCUUCUCGUAUUUGGCCGAAUUUCAACCCCCGAAAUACCGAUCAGCGAUUAUUUGCUAUUCUGGAAUUUUUUUCACCUCAUCGUGGCUACUUUUACCUCUUCUUGCCUGGCUCAUCCUUCCGAUUGACAUAUCAAUAGCUGUAGGAUCGUUCAUUAAAAUCACUUCAUGGAGAAUAUUUCUAAUGGUUUUGAUAAUACCGGAGAUAGUGGCAGGUUUCUGGUUUAUGCGUUUGCCAGAAAGUCCGAAAUUUUUUGUCGCGAAAGGUAACCAAAGGAAGGCUUUAGCUGUCUUGAGGAAAAUGUUUGUGGUUAAUACCGGAAGAUCAGCGAAAGACUUUCCGGUCAAGAGUAUAAUCCGGGAAGUGAGAGUUGAAACAUUUGAGGAUAAUUUAAGAUGUAGGGGGAAAACAGUGAAGAAUUUGCAGGAGAUGUUUGGACAGUUUAAGAGCCUUUUUAGGCUCCCUUUAGUUUUUCUAACUCUCCUCACGACUAGUAUUAUGUUUACGAAUAUGUUUGGCACUUUUGGUCUCGGAUGGUGGCUUCCAGAACUCUUCGUUCGUUUCGAACGCUUCCAGGCCCUCAACCCUAACAGCACCAUCACUGUCAAACAACUUGCCCUUUUCAGUACCAUCAAACCAACGUCCUGCAAACCAUCAUUCGAAUCUGCAGUUAUUAGAAGUACCAUCAUCAUGGGUGUUUCCUCUAUUUUAACCAACGCUUUUUCGGGCUGGCUUGCCACGAGGGUGUCUCUCAGGACCAUCCCUUUUGGUACCAUGUUAAUCGGUGGUAUAAGCGCUAGUCUUAUCUACUGGUUGACCGCUUCGUGGCAGAAUUUAGUAGUUGCUUCGAUUUUCCAAUCGGCGAUGGUUACAGCAAAUAUGACCAUUGGGAGUGUUGUGGUGGAGCUUUUUCCCACCAGUGUGGGUGCGAUGGCUAUUUGUUUGACAAUGUGUGCUGGAAGAAUCGGGGCGAUGGCUAGUAAUGUCAUUUUUGGGUUGUUAAUGGACCAACAUUGCGAAAUUCCGAUUUUUGUAGUGGCCGCCAGUGUUUUGAUUGGGGCAGGAAUUUGUUAUUUUAUCCCGCCGAAAAGGGAACACAAGGGGGGUUGUGCCGAACUCGAAAUUGCCGUCGUUUCAAAUUUUGAUACAAAAUUGUAGUGACUUUUGUGUUAGAUAAUGAAUAAUCUUUUAUAUAACUGUGUGAUAAAUUAUUUGUUGCUACUUACUCAUAUAAUUAAACUGUGCUUUUGUAGACGUUA